AUGGAAAACAUUCACAAAAAAUUUUAUGAUAAUUUGUAUGAUGAUAAAGAGGAUUUAGAUUUGUACUCUAAGGACUGUGCUUCAGUAAUUUCUUUGGAGAAAGGUAAUAAAGUUAAUAAUGUUUGUAAAAGUCUUGUAAAAUAUUUAAAAACAAAAUAUCAGCCACCAGAUAAAGAAGGUUUUGCAUACAAUGAUUGCAUUCUUUUGAAUUAUUGGGUAUACAAUAGAUUAGUUACUAUUUAUGGUUCUCGAAAUAGUCCUAAGUUUUUCCCUGCUUGGGGAAAACUGGUAUAUAUAUGGAAUACUAUUAUUUCUGAUCAAUCAAAAAAGUUUAGUCAUAACAAAUGUAAACCUGAUGAUAAUAUUGUCAAUCACGUCGACUGGGAAAAAAGAAAGCAAUUGUAUGAUUACUGUGUAAAUUAUGAAACAAUAAAAAAAGCUCUUUCAUUCUAUGAUAAUAUGUGCAAAGAAUAUUAUACGUACGUUGAUAGUAACGCUCCACUAUAUACAUAUUUUAAGACACAAUGUACUACUCCAAAUUAUAAAUGCCCAGAAUUUUAUAAUGAAUGUGAGAAAUACGAUCCAAUACAUGUAUUAAAAAACUUUCCAUGUCAUGAUGUUAUGAAGAAAGAAAUGGAAGAGGAUGCUAUUGCACAUGCUUUACAUGUGAAAAAAGUCACAAUGCAAGAUCGAGAAAAUCAUUCUGAGGGGUCAUCCAGUGAAGACUAUUCAUCUGAUCCUGCAGACAUUGCGCAGGGGAAAUCCCAAACUGCAACAAAAUUGGGUGAUGUACUACUUGGAGUUGUUGUAACUUCUAUGGCUUCUGGAGCUAUAUAUAGAGAAACCGUUUACGCGCCAACUUUGGAAACAAAACUAUGCUUAGAAGUAAUCUAA